CAUUCUCUCAAUAUAAUUAACCACCACGUCCGCCUCUCUUUCAUUUUUCUCCAGCGUUAACUCUUGGAAAUACCAGGCACCUGCGCAUUCUUCCAAUUCAAAAUCCUUCGCUCCGCCUCCAGUGAUACGGAUCGGGUCUCAGUCUUGGCGCAUUGAAGAAAAAACAUAAUUUUGUAUUUUGUUAAUAUCUCAAAAUGCCGAAAGAUAGAAGGGUGAAUUCCUCAUCUUUUGAUCGGGCUAGGGUAUCUCCUUAUGCUGGCAGCUCGAAGAUUUGUGAUCCGACGAAGUCAGAUAGAUAUUUGCCUCGUGUUGGAGAUGAAGCCGAAUGGGAAGAAGCUAGAUGCCCCAUUUGUAUGGACCACCCACACAAUGCUGUCCUGUUACUAUGUUCCUCCCAUGAUAAAGGAUGUCGACCAUACAUGUGUGACACAAGUUCCAGACAUUCAAAUUGCCUUGAUCAGUUUCGCAAGUCAUCUAGUGCAUCAUCACCUGCUCCAUUUGCUACUCCACGAGAAGAUGUCUCGGCACCACGGGUGGCAACUCGCAGACACAGAGGGGAACAACCGUUAUCUAGGCCAAUCAAUUCCCUUGAGGGAGAGAAACCUGUGUUUGUCUGCCCCCUUUGCCGGGGAAAGAUCACUGGAUGGCUUUCUGUGGAGUGUGCACGGAGGUUCAUGAACUCCAAACUGAGGAGCUGCUCUUCAGAAAAUUGUAACUUCAGUGGAAAUUAUUCUGAGCUAAGAAAGCAUGCCAGGCUUGAGCACCCUUCUGAUCGACCAGCUGAGGCCGACACCCAGCGGCAAUCUGAGUGGAUGAGGUUGGAGCGACAAAGAGAUCUUGAGGAUGCACUUAGUGCAUACCUGCCAGAUCUUGACUUUGACUUGGGUGACUUGGACGAAUUGCCUAGCUUUGAUGAAUGGGAUGGAGAUGGUCUGUGGAAUGAUCGAAAUUUUUUUGACUUCGUAGGUGGACUUACAGAGGACGGGGAUGAACCGAGUGAAGACAACAAUAUAUUUACUGAUCUAGAGGUUGAGUUUUCUUUCUCUUUCCUUGAGUAUCUAUCUUAUCCUGAGAUAGAAGCAACAGAUUCUGGUACUUCAAUAAGUAACGACAGAGUACGUAACAGGAGACAGAUUAAUUCUAGGUCAAGUUAUCCCACUGAAAACAGCUUAACAGGUUCAAGGCCUAGAUCAAAUCAUCAUAGGGAAAAUGUGCCCCCAAGUUUAAGAUCGAGUUAUUAUGAAGGAAAUACCCCGGCAAGUUCGAGGCCAACUUACCUUGGUAGAUACGCACCAACAAGGGCAAGGUCAAGGUCAGGUUAUCAUAGGGCGAACAGAUCCCCUGUGAGGUCGAGUACGUCAGGGAGGCAAAUGCCUGGCUCUUCACAAUGGCACCAAUCAAGUCGGAGAUCCUGAGGAUCGCGAAUCUAGUUUGUUUUACUGUGCUUCUUUUACUGUUUGAUGGGUCUCUAGCUGUAGUUUACAUUUCCUGUUUUGAACUCUUAAAAGCUUUCCCUAUGAUUUAGUUUUCGGUCAUAAUUCAUGCGGUCACACUUGUACGAGUUUGUAAAGAAGUUCUCUAUUUAUCAGUUGUGA